UUGUCGCUCGGUCUGUGUCGUCCAUAGUAACGCGCUUUGCGCACGCGCAUCACGGCCCUUGCGCCAGAAUCGCGAUUUAAAUUAUUUUGACAAUAAACCAUGAAUUUCGAACUGCACUGAUUUUUUGUCACUGAGACGCAAGCGUGGACUUUUAGUCACAUCAAAACAAAUUGUUUUUUUUUUUCAAUUCUUUUUGUUUAUUAAUAAAAAAAUAGAAAUGGUUAGUGGUAAUAAAAGUCCCGGCGACCCCAUGAAAAUACCGCCAAAAAAUCGUGAAAAGAAGACCAACAACUAUAAGCGAGCGAAUAUAUUCUCCAAGACAUGGUUCGUGUGGAUGAUGCCCACUUUCUGGCGUGGCUACAAGCGGGACCUGUACGAUUCUGAUCUCACCAAACCCAAAGACAACCACCUCUCUGACAAACUUGGUGACCGCCUAGAAAAGAAAUGGCUGGAGGAAAUAGCUUUAGCGAACAAUCAGGGCCGAAAACCAUCGCUUCUCCGCGCUAUGACUAAGACGUUCUGGUUGAGCUAUGCACCUUCCGGCGUAAUGUUUCUGAUACAAGCUCUGAUCCUUAAACCGUUCCAACCAGUGGCGUUGAGCAUGUUGUUGUGGUAUUGGGAGCCCGGCUCAAAAAUGACGUACGAGCAGGCGGUCUACUGCGCCUCUGCUGUCAUACUCAUGUCCCUGCUGAUAGCAUUCCUGAACCAUCACGGCACAUAUUCCACACAACAGUUUGGAAUGAAAGUCCGAAUUGCUGCGUGUUCACUUAUUUACAGGAAGGUUAUGCGUAUGAGCUCUGGUGCUCUAGCUCAAACAACCGCUGGACAAGUAGUUAAUCUUCUAUCCAACGACGUCAAUCGGUUUGACUACGCGUUUAUCUAUACUCACUUCAUCUGGCUGCUGCCUCUACAAGUCGUGGUUGUCUGCUACCUCAUCUAUAUCAAAAUCGGUUACGCCGCUAUCGUUGGAGUUAUUGGCAUCGUUCUGCAAACAAUUCCUGUUCAAUCAUACAUGAGUAAACUGGCUGCAAGAUUACGUAUGAGAACUGCGUGUAAAACGGAUGAGCGUGUGCGCAUCAUGGACGAAAUCAUUACCGGAAUGCAGGUUAUAAAAAUGUACGCCUGGGAAAAGCCAUUCGAGCAAGUCGUGGCUUUGGCUCGCAAAAAUGAAAUUAACUGCAUCACAUCUGCAUCUUACCUCAGGGGAGUGUAUCUUAGCUUCAUGGUAUUCACCGAAAGAUUAUCUCUAUACAUCACUCUUUUGUCCUAUUCAUUAUUUGGAUAUCAAGUUACAGCUGACAUUGUGUUUCCUUUGGCGCAAUUCUUCAACACACUCCAAGGAACACUAUCUAUAAUUAUGUCAAAUGCUGUAUCGUUUUUGGCAGAGGCUCUGAUAUCUGUCCAACGACUUGAAGCGUUCAUGCUAUUGGAUGAAAGAGAAGACCUACGUAGUGUUGCAAAUGUUGAUAUUGCAAAACUGGUACAGAGGGUUAAAAACAAAAAAAAUAAGAACCUUGGUGAACAAGACCUCUAUCCGAAUACGUUUAAAAUGAUUGAAGAAGAAGGUAUUUGUAACCCAGGUUUUGAUUGCAAUGAAAAAGGGUUAACGACACCAGUACAGCACGUCGCUGUAGGCUCUGAUAUCGGUAUACUAAUCCAAGACGUUAGGGCUAAUUGGACUGAGGACGGGCCAGUUACGUUACGUAAUAUUAACUUGAGCAUACCAAAAGGAAAGCUAUGCGCUAUUAUAGGAUCAGUCGGUUCUGGGAAGAGUUCAAUAUUGCAACUGUUGCUAAAUGAGCUACGGGCAACGAGUGGAAAAAUCCAUCUUUCUGGACCGUUGUCUUACGCUUGUCAGGAGCCUUGGUUGUUCGUUGCUACAGUUCGACAAAACAUUCUAUUUGGAUUACCAUACAAUGCAAAGAAAUAUAAAGAGGUUGUAAGAGUAUGUGCGCUUCAGAAGGACUUCCAACAGCUCCCUCACGGUGAUCAAACACUUGUAGGAGAAAGAGGUGCUUCAUUAUCUGGUGGACAAAGAGCACGUAUCAACCUUGCCAGAGCUGUUUACAGACAAGCGGAUAUUUACCUACUAGAUGAUCCUCUAUCAGCUGUGGACGCUCAUGUGGGCCGACAACUCUUCGACGAGUGUAUCACCGGAUACCUUCGUCAUACCACGCGCAUCCUUGUUACUCACCAACUUCACUAUUUAAAAGCUGCUGAUUACAUUGUUAUAAUGAGCAACGGUGCAAUAGAAGCAAAAGGAAGAUAUGAAGAACUGUUAACGUCAGGGAAAGAUUUCGCCAAAUUGUUGUGUUCAGUUCAAGAAAACAAUGAAUCAAAUUCAGAUACUGAAAAACCUCUUGCAAUGACAAGGCGAACAUCAUCUAGACUUUCGACAACAAGACGUCCGUCUAUCGCUGAGUCUACUACAGGCUGUGAAAUUCCCGCUCAAGAGAUGGAAGAAGAAAAACGAGAGUCUGGCUCAAUGGGAUGGCACGUAUAUGGAGCUUAUUUGCGAGCUGGUGGAAAACCAGCUAGACUAUUUUUCAUGGUCCUGUUACUAGUUAUUGGACAAUUAUCAGCUACACUAUGCGACUAUUGGGUUACUUUUUGGACAAAUGAAGUCACACGUAUGAAGGAAAGAGAAGCCAAUCACACAGUUAAGGAAUACGAAAGAGUUGGACCACCGGUGAACACAACAUUUUCCUUAUCCAGCUACUUCUCUGGAAUCGAAAUACAACCAAGUUUAGAUAUUCACGCCUUUAUAGGACCUAUGGACACAUCUAUGUAUCUAUAUGGAUAUACGGCGUUGAUUGUAUGUUGUAUCUUCUUUAUCACGGCUCGUGCUUUCAUGUUCUUUAAAGUCUGUAUGACUGCCUCGAGAAAUCUCCACAACGAUAUGUUCCAUUCUAUGCUUCGCGGUGUUAUGCGAUUUUUUGAUACCAAUUCUUCAGGUCGCAUUUUAAAUCGUUUCUCAAAAGAUAUUGGUGCAUUGGACGAAUUGUUACCAAGAUUUCUUCUGGAAUGCAUCCAAAUUUACCUCGUGAUGUUCAGUAUAUUAGCACUUAACGCUGCUGCAUUAGUCUGGACAUUGUUACCGACCACCAUAAUCCUUCUUUUGUUCUACGUUAUCCUACAAAUCUACUUAAAAUCUGCCCAAUCGAUUAAGCGUCUGGAAGGAACUACGAGAAGUCCCGUAUUUUCACACAUGUCAGCAACAUUAAACGGUAUCAGCACUAUUCGAUCAUCUGGAGCACAGCAGCGAUUGAUUCAGGAGUUCGAUCUAUUCCAGGACAUUCACACUUCAACUUGGAGCAGUUACUUGGCUAGCGGUGUGACGCUUGGUUUCUGGCUUGACAUCAUCUGCGUGCUGUACUUGACUAUUGUUAUCGUUGCUUUUCUCGUAAUCGAUAGUAAAACAAUAUUCUCCGGUAACGUCGGACUGGCGAUAUCGCAGACUCUCAUCUUAACGGGGAUGCUGCAGUUCGGCGUGAGACAAACUGCGGAAGUUAUCUCUCAGAUGACCAGCGUGGAACGAAUCUUACAGUACACCCAUAUUGAGAGAGAACCCCAGUGGGAAAAAGGAAGUAAAGAAACCCCUAAAGGCUGGCCUUGGUGCGGUCGCGUCGAGUUUCGCAAUUGUUAUAUGAAGUACACUCCCGAAGAUUUGCCAGUACUAAAAAAUCUAAAUUUGGUUAUUGAAAGCGGGUGGAAGGUUGGAAUAGUCGGAAGAACGGGUGCAGGGAAGUCUUCACUCAUAUCAUCACUAUUCCGCCUCGCCAUUGUAGAAGGUGAUAUCCUCAUCGAUGACGUCGACACUGCUCAUCUUGCUCUACAGGAAUUACGUUCGAAGAUCUCCAUUAUACCACAAGAGCCAGUGUUAUUUUCUGCAACUAUACGAUACAAUUUAGACCCAUUCAAUAGUUACGAGGAUGAACAAUUAUGGAAAGCGCUUGAAGCAGUCGAUUUGAAGGCAGCGAUUCCAGCAUUAGAUUUCAAAGUGUCUGAAGGUGGAUCCAACUUUUCGCUUGGUCAAAGACAACUAGUUUGUCUAGCAAGAGCUAUUCUUCGUGGGAAUAGAAUUCUGGUGCUGGACGAGGCUACAGCGAACGUGGACCCUAAGACUGACGAAUUCAUCCAAGGAACAAUAAGAAGACGUUUCGCCGACUGCACGGUUAUCACCGUAGCUCAUCGUCUAAACACAAUUAUGGACUCCGAUCGUGUCAUGGUAAUGGAUUCUGGCCGUCUAGUGGAAUUCGACCACCCAUACAGAUUGCUUAACAACCCUCAGGGCUACUUCACCAAGAUGGUCAAUGAAACCAGUGAGAAAAUGUCGGCACAGCUGUACCAAAUUGCAAAGAACACAUUCCUAGACAGUGGUGGCGCGGUAGAAUAAUUUAGUUGUACCAUCUAUUGUUAAGUUUAUUUUAAUUAAGUAGCGAUGUAAGAUUAUCGUUUUGGAAUGAUGCAGUUAGUACUUAGAAUUAUAGUUUCAACGGUAUGGGUACAAGCCAACGGGAACUUAAUUCGUAAGGUAUUUUAAGUUUUCAACUACACUUAGGUAUAAUAUUGCCUGCAUAAUUAUAAAAAAAAACGUUUCAAUUGGAUAUUGUUUGUCGAUUGUUUGUUAAUCGAUUAUAUUAAAUGUAUAAGUAGUUAUAAUAUUUUUCUAAAUUAGUGAAUGAAAUUUAUUGAUAUUGUUAUAUUUUUACGAAAAUAAUUAUGUAAGUAAAUAUUAUUAUUAAGACAUAAGAUUUUUGUUAAAUACCUUGUUUGUACAUAACGGCAUGUUAUUCCAAUACGGACUGAGUGAUGAAUGAAAACUUUAGUUAUUUAAGGGCUUGAGAACAUUCUUCCGUUUAAUAAGCUUAACUUGGGCGCACGUUGUUUUUAAUUACGAACUAUAUUACUUGCUGACCCCUUACAAAUAUGGGGAAGUACACAAAUGAGCCUAAGCACAAUGCCAGAAAAGGCCCACCCCUUUUAUGAAACUGACAAAAUAAGGAAGACCUUAAAUAAUAAUAUAAAUCGUUUAUAUAGUUUCUUACAUUGUAAAUUAUCCAUGUUGUGGAGACCUCCUAGUAAGCAUCAAAAUACCUGUGUCAGGAGGUCUCAGUCUUCCAUAGCAAAGACAAGAUAAUAUUUAUAUACAUAUAUAUAUAGAUAAUAAGGCUUUGUUUUGUUUUCAUUUCCAUGAGGCAAUUUGUUCACAUUUAAAAGUCCCUGGGAGUGCUUUUUCUCCUUAUGUCAUGCGCGAAUAAAAAUAUUUUUGAUUAGAAAAAGAUCAAGCUUCGCAUAACUGGAUAAAAACUGCUUUUCAUAUGAAACAUCCAAUGCAGUGGGUCAGAUCGUCUCUGGUGUCAGGUGUGGCGACUAGCGACUCACAUUGGGCGUAAAAUCGAGUUUCCCUUUGUGAUUUUUAACAGAUAUUUCCGUGAAGAAGUAGGAACACCUGAACAUUUCGUGAUCGAUUAUAUAUAUCUUCUUUCAUGAAUAUUUUCUGGCGUGCCGAUCAUUUUUUACCAACGACUUCAAAUAAAUCGAUGUUUUUAUCACAUACCUUUACCUACCUAAUAAUUAUUUGUAAUAAGCUUAUUGUUUGAAUAAAAAGUAACAAAACGUGGCAAAAAGUAACCAAGACAUUUUUUAAUAACGAGAGCUUCGAAAUAAACAAUUAGCCAUUUUUGGGAGUCGCAUGAAAAUGUUCUUAGGUCCUUUAUAGAAAGCGCACAAGAACACUGUUAUUUAUUUUUAUUAAAAUACCAUCAAAUAUGUUUUAUAGGUAUUGCAAAAUGAUAAUUAAUGUGAUUGCCAUAGAGGUUAGCCUCGAACAAAUAAAAAUAAGCUUUAAAA